UGAAAACGUUGCUCACAAAAUGCCGUUAACAUUUUGUUUCGUUUCGUUCGUUCGGUUGGUCGGUCGUAUGUGUAUAUGUGUCCGUUGAUACUAAGGUUGAUACGAAUUGAAUUUGGAAAAGUUUCGUUAGUUAACAUUUGGCAUUUGUGGAAAUAUCGUCUCAAAGCAUUUUUUUAAAAUUUCAACGCAACUAUUUAGUUCCGGAUAAAAAUAUAUUGUGUUUUUUUUAACAUUCUUUAAUCGAUCCCAAAAAUUAUAUUUUGUAGUGUUUUUUUUAAACUCAGAAUCAAAAUCAAAGAUUCAUUUCGUGCAAAGAAUUUACUAGAAAAAAGAGUCAGUUGUCAAAUUUUUCCAAGAAGAAUUUGUUGUUUUCGUGUUAAAUUGGCAGAAAUUGUUGAGAAAAAGAUAAGAUGGCAACACGUAGCAGAGCAUCAGAAGGUGGAUUAUCGCAAACUGCACCAGAUGCAGCAUCCACACCAAGACAUCGUACACAAAGUCCGACCCGUCAUUCGCGUAUUUCGGAGAAAUUAGAACUUCAAUCAUUGAACGACCGAUUGGCCGGCUAUAUCGAUCGUGUACGUUUUCUUGAAGCUGAAAAUAAUCGUUUGGUUGUUGAAGUGAAAACUGUUAAAGAAACAGUGACUCGUGAAUCGUCCAAUAUCAAAUCGAUGUACGAAAAUGAAUUGGCCGAUGCACGUAAAGUACUCGAUGAGACAGCACGUGAAAAGGCCAAGCUGGAGAUCAACAUCAAACGUUUGUCGGAGGAAAAUGAUGACUUGAAACAAGCUUUGGAGAAGCAACGCAAAGAAUUGGAAUUGUGUCGUUUGUAUGAAUCGCGUUACAAUGACAUUCAAAACAAAUAUAAUUCGGCAUGUUUGGAUCGCAAGAGAGCUGUUGAUGAAGCAAAAGAAUUGCAAAAGGAAAUCGAUCGAUUGAAACGUCAAUUGGAUGAUUUGCGUAAGGCUCUUGAAGCCGAAACAUUGGCACGUGUUGAUCGUGAAAAUGCUGCCCAAAGUUUACGCGAAGAAUUGGCAUUCCGUGAUCAAGUCCAUGUACAAGAAUUGACCGACACACGUAAACGUACUCAGGUUGAAAUUAGCGAAAUUGAUGGCCGACUUGCCGAACAGUACGAAGCAAAAUUGCAACAAUCACUACGUGAAUUACGUGAACAAUAUGAGAAUCAAAUUCGUGCCAAUCGCGAAGAGGUCGAUUCUUUGUGGGAUGCAAAAUUGAAGAAUGUUCAAAAUGAAGCGGCUCGAGGAAAUCGUGCGGCCAGUGCUGCAUUCGAUGAACUUCGCAUCACACGACAACAACUCAACGGUUUGCAUGGUAAAAUUAACGAUCUUGAAGCCGAAAAUUCGACUCUUAAGAGCAAAAUUGGCGAUUUGGAAGCUCAAUUGGAAACUGAAAUUGGUCGUCGUGCUGAACUCGAGAAUGAACUAUCUCGUUUACGCCAAGAAAUGGCCCAACAAUUACAAGAAUAUCAAGAUCUGAUGGACAUUAAGAUAUCACUCGAUAUGGAAUUGGCCGCAUACGAUAAAUUAUUGGCCGGUGAAGAGCAACGUUUGAAUAUCACACGUCCAGGCUCAUCACUCGAGACCACCAACAAUUCAUCCGGUUCAACAUCGGUGCAUCAACAUCAUCAUCGUUCAGGUCGAAUUACACCAAGCAUUGCUGUUACUCCAAGCCCACGUCUUUCGGUCGGUCCAAGUGGCAAAAGAAAGCGUACAACCAUCGAUGAAAGCGAAGAACGUUCACUUUCCGAUUUCUCCGUUACAUCAUCGGCAAAAGGUGAUAUUGAAAUUUCCGAUUUCGAUCCAGAAGGAAAAUUUGUUAAAUUGUACAACAAAGGCGAAAAGGAAGUCAGUUUGGGCAAUUGGCAAUUGUUACGUACAGCAGGUCAAAAUGAGACCAAUUUUAAAUUUCACCGUUCCGUCAAAAUUGAACCACAUGGUAAUGUUACCGUAUGGAGUUCAGACACCGGUGUCACUCACGAGCCACCACAAACAAUUGUUAUGAAACAACAAAAGUGGUUCGUUAACGAUACGAUGAAAACAUCACUGUUGAACAACGAUGGUGAAGAGGUGGCCGCAUCGGAACGUGUUAAGAACACAGUAUCAACAUUUGCAUCACGUCACAGAGAAGGUUAUGGACACCAUUCUGAAGUUAGCAAUGGUUCUGGCUCAUCAGUUGGCCAGCGGCUAUUCUCAUCAUUCUGGUAGAUGAAAACUAACUUCACCGCCGAUGAUAUUUGGGUAUAUUUCCUUAUGAGCCACUUAAUGAUAUAGUUUUAUAGAGUUAAUCUCGAUAUGCAUAUACGUUGUUAAGCCAUAUCAACAUUUAUAAGUCAAUCAGUUACCGUUUUACGUAUUCAUAUUUUUUUUUUUAAAUGAAAACCAAGUAAUUUUUCGUUUUUGAGUGCAUUUACAAGUUUAAGUUUUAAGUUUGGAAUCGAGAGCGAUUGGGUGAAACAAAAAUACACGAGAGUUCAACGUUCGUUAUUUUAAGAAUUUGUCAUUAAUCCGAUCCGUUUCGUCGUUCUAAUUUUUUUGAGAAAAAUUCUGCCUUUUAACGUCUCAAAACAUGUCAAUGAUCAACGUGGUAAUUUUAAAUUUGCAUGUGCCUACCACUAACGUAAAAAUUUGCCUCAAUAAACAAAUGUUGUCUACUUAAAUGAAAUUUAGAAUUACUAUGAAUAAUGCAAAAAAGAGAAUAGAUAAUAAGUGCCUGUUGUGGGUGGAUUUAACCAUGAAUGUUGCAUUAGUUUUUAAUUAAAUCCAAUACAAAUAAAACAAAAACAAACAAAUCCAAUUCCA